CUUUCUCACGGCUCACCCCACCCAUGGCUGGAUGCUCAAGCUGUGCCGCCGCUGCUUUCCAAAUUCUUGUGUUGUUUCUGUGUCUGCUGUGGGUUCAGCGCGGAUCUGAAGGCUUCCUUCAUGGAUGAUGGAUGAUGUGAUGCUGAAUGCGAGGCUAAGAUACAACCUGAGGUACAGGAGCUAUUUAUACAUUGUCACUUCCCAGUCAGUCAUUGCAGUCAUUAAUCUUGUUUUAGUCUUCCAUUAUGUAGAGACAUGAGCUAAUAAUAACAUUGCCUUCUUGGAGUAAUAUUGUUUAAAAAAAGGAGUUCAAUGAUCUGUAUUACCAGCUUCGUCAUGGAAGGAAUGGACGGCUACUUGCCAAAUAUAAUCCAGGAUGAUUAUCAUGCAUCCUCAGAUGCCUACUCAUUGUCAGCUUGCAUGUGUACAUGGGACAAAGUCAGUUUUUAUCUGACAAAGGUAUCGCAGAGUGCUUUAUUUCUGAUACAGCUUCAGCGCACACAGAGAUUGGGCGAAACAGCACGCCCCCCCCUCUGCUGGCCACGCCUCUCCGCAGCCUCGGGCCUCACCUCCGGACAGCUAGUGAUGGCAAAGGCAAAAAUGAGGAGCGUGAUGAGCAUUACGCCGGCAUGGCGAAGAGGUACAAAGCAAGGAGCUGGCGGUGGCUCCAUCAAGCGACGAUGAAGCCUACCAGGAGGAUGAGACCGCCCACGAUGGACGGGCCACGCGCGCGUAAGCGAACCAGAUCCCCGAGGCUUACGGGGACGGCGCACAUGCUAGUGUCCGGUAUGUUGUUUCUCACGGCUCACCCCACCCAUGGCUGGAUGCUCAAGCUGUGCCGCCGCUGCUUUCCAUAUGCUUGUGUUGUUUCUGUGUCUGCUGUGGGUUCAGCGUGGAUCUGAAGGCUUCCUUCAUGGAUGAUGGAUGAUGUGAUGCUGAAUGCGAGGCUAAGAUACAACUUGAGGUACAGGAGCUAUUUAUACAUUGUCAC